AUGGACUUUGACUUCCAACACGCCCACCACACCGUCGCCGGCGAAGGCAGCUCGAGCUCGAGCUUUGCCAACAUCGCGCAGCAUCCGGCCUGGCCCGACGGCUCGCCGUCGUCGUCGCCGCCGUUCAAGCGCGGCUCGAACCUGGCUUGCCUAAACUGUCGAAAGAUCAAGACCAAGUGCGGCAAGGCGCAGCCCAGCGACGAGCGGUGCAAGCGCUGCGUCCGUCUCAACCUCAAUUGCCAGUACCGCCCGCACCACCGCGGCAAGAAGCUCAAGGACAGCCCGGACCCGGCGUGGAGCUCGAGGUCGCUGUCGGCAUCGACCUCUUCCGAGGCUGGCAUCCUGGGCGACGGUGGAGCCGCCUGGCUGCACGGAGCGUCGAUGGGACACAGCGGCGGCGGGCCCUACGAUGCGAUGCCUUUUGCCUCGACCUCGUGCAACACCUUUUCGGGAUACGCGCAGCAGCCCCUCUUCGCGCGGGGCAUGGCACACGCUCGGGAUGAGGUUACGCCGCCCCGUCCGAGCGGCUUUGCUUCCGAGUGGAUCGAUCCGGCUCGAGGCGAGCGAUAUCCCUCCUCCCAAGCUAGACCGCGGCCAGAGCCGGUCAGCGUGCACAUCGCCUCGAGCCUCCAAGACGACGCCGUGCGCCUGGGCAUGAUCUCGCCAAUCGACGCCAUGGAGCUCUUUGACAGCUUUCCACAGCAGCAGAUGCCGGACUUGCCUACGUUGGGCCCGCCGCUGACGUCGUACGACUACGUCCGGGAGAGGUGGCCGCUCUCGUUUUCGGCGAUCCUGACGACGGCCAGCACGCUGCGCCGGCCGGACCUCUACGAGCGCUGCCACGGCGCGUCCGACGCCUUGAUGAACCUCGCUGCGGUGCAGGACCUCUGCUCGCUCGACCACGUCCUCGCCAUCCUGGUGACAUGCAUGCGCAGCGGCGUGCCCGGCGCCCUCGCGCUUCGCCGCCUCACCCGCGCCAUCGGGUAUGCGUACGAGCUGGGCCUUCACGCCAGCUUCGACGGACCGGGCGCCUCGUACACCGGCCUCGCGGAUGGGGCGACCGCGGCGAUGCACCAGAACAGCGGCGCGAUCGACGAGCGGGAUUGGACGCACAAUGCGCAGCGGAUCUGGAUCCAGCUCUGCGUCCUCGAGGGCAGCCUGUGCGGCUUUUCCCGGCCGGCCCGGCCCUCGAGGCCGCGUCUGAUCCGCAGCGACGACAUUCCAGACGCCCAAGCAUGGUUGCUGCGCAUGGACACAUCGGCGAUCCUGCCGCGGGACGCUGCGCUGGCACAGCAGCUACAUGUCUGCCGAGAGCGCGCCAGGACAGAGCGUCAAGGCCGCUCGAACGUGGGGCCUCGUCCGGUCUCGAUGCCGCCGCAGCAGGCGCAGCCUUUGCCCCGAGACCAGCAGCAGCAGCAGCAGCACGGCGGACAGCCUCACAUGCCGUUGCAAUCCCACGCCGCGCAAGACAUGGCGCAAUGGUCCGGCGCUGGACCGAGCAACUCUUCGAGCAACGGAGCAGGACAAGCGAGCCAUGCGGACAGACCGUCGCUCGUCCUGCACCAGCCGCAGGCGCACAAAGCGUCGUGGCAGAGCAUACCCGGCUCUUCGCAGGGCAGCCGCAGCAACAGCAGCAACCUCGACAGGGCGCACUCGAUCGACCUGUCGGGCUCGACGACGAUAUCACCGUUUGGUACCGACCACCGAGCGGCAGAGGGCCACCACAACAACGGACAGGCCGACGCCGCAGAGCAUCCGGAUGCCGGCUGGUCCCCGUCUCGGACGACUUCGACGGGAUCGGCGGUCCUUGCGGCGUCCGCUGGAAUGACGCCCAGCCGAACGACGUUUAGCGGGCUCGAGGCAGCGGGCAUGGCACGGCCCCCUCUGGACGACACGGCGACCCUGCGUCCCACCAACGCGGCUGAACAGAGACCGACGCCGCACCGAGUCCACUCGUUUCCUGGCAACGCACAAGAUCCGACAGCGCUCCCGGCGUAUCCCAGCCACCAGCACGAGCACCACCACGGACAAGCACAGCCAGCGCCCUCGUUUGGCGCCAUGUCGGCGCCGAUGCCCGACCUGGGCGUGUCCGAGAUGCAGGGCGGCGCGGUGCCCUCUGUUCUUGGAGGAGUCGCCCCUGUGCCUGCCGGGACCUCGCAGCACGCCGCACCCGAGGGGCAUCAAGAUCCUUCCGGAUCCAGCAUCGUCUACCACGGCGGCACCGAGCUCUACCCUGCCUUUACCGAUCCGCUGCCGCAGAGGGACGCUCAACCGCACGCGUGGUUCUAG